AUGUCUGAUCAGCACACCUUUAACCCAUUCGAUCAUGAGCUUAUCGCUUACUUGAAUAGGAAGAUCACUGAAGAGGAAGAUAAAGAUAUAAAGGAAGUUGAUCUAUGCAAACACGAGCCAGAAGAUAUAAAAGAAGUUGAUCUAUGCAAACACGAGCCAGAAGAUAUACCUGACAUGGCGAUAAAGAAAUCGGAUUGUCAGUGGCACAUCAUUACACCUGUGCAUAAGUUAAACGGCAGACUUCAGCUGACAAAGAGGUCCUGCAAGACAGGUAACUGGAAAAUAACGGGAAGAACCACUUUUGUAAAGAACGUUAAUGAUAAAACCAUUGGGUACAAGAAAUAUCUUGUUUUCUAUUUGAACGGAGACAAAUCCUCAUCAACGCGUACGCCAAAAAUUAAGUCUGACUGGGUCAUGCACGAGUAUAGUUCAUGUAUUCGACACUCAAAAAAGGAUGCUUUUGUGCUUUGCAAACUUACGAAAAAGAAAAAAGCUCCGGCGACCAGUGAAGUCGGAGAGGAAUCUCGGGCUUUAACAGACCCAAAAAUCUCUCCUAGUCAUGUCGGAGAGUCUUCCUCGGUUCUCAUUACUCAAGAUGUUCAGAUGGUGGACGAGAACACUUUUGUGGAUGAUCUUGACGAAGAAUUUUGGAAUGACUUGGGUGCAUUAGCCGAAGAACUUCUACCUGGUUUGGUUGAGUAG